CCUGACCAGGAGGAAGAGGACGACAGCGCAGGCACAGAAAUGAAGAUCCUGAGAGGACACUGUGGACCUGUGUACAGCACGAGGUUCCUUUCAGACAGUUCGGGACUCUUAUCUUGUUCUGAGGACAUGUCCAUCAGAUACUGGGACCUCGGAAGUUUUACAAACACUGUGUUGUACCAAGGACACGCCUAUCCUGUCUGGGAUUUGGAUAUUAGCCCCUGCAGCCUGUACUUUGCCAGUGGUUCCCACGAUCGCACUGCAAGGCUCUGGUCGUUCGAUCGGACGUACCCGCUGCGAAUAUACGCAGGCCAUUUGGCGGACGUAGACUGUGUCAAGUUCCACCCCAAUUCCAACUACUUAGCCACGGGCUCCACGGACAAAACUGUGCGCUUGUGGAGCACUCAGCAAGGCAACUCGGUGCGUCUUUUCACCGGGCACCGUGGCCCCGUGCUAGCGCUUGCAUUUUCUCCCAACGGUAAGUACCUGGCGUCAGCAGGUGAAGACCAGCGGCUAAAGCUGUGGGACUUGGCCUCAGGAACUCUUUACAAAGAACUGAGGGGGCACACGGACAACAUAACCAGCCUUACUUUUAGCCCCGACAGUAGUUUAAUUGCUUCAGCAUCGAUGGACAAUUCAGUCCGGGUCUGGGACAUUCGGAACACUUACUGCAACGCCCCUGCAGAUGGGUCUUCCAGUGAACUGGUUGGUGUAUAUACCGGACAAAUGAAUAAUGUACUGAGCGUACAGUUUAUGGCCUGUAAUCUUCUUCUAGUGACUGGAGUUGCACAAGAAAAUCAGGAACAUUAAUUUUUUUUUUCCUUAGGGAAGCGGGUGGGUGUAUUGAAUGCCAGAGUCCAUUACAAGCUGAGAUUACUGACUGUGAAACACUUUCCUCCUUCUGCCCUCUUGAAAGGCAUGUUCAGAGUGAUGCAAAUGCUUUAAAAUAUCUUGCCCAUAAAAAGGCCUGUGCUGUUGAACAGGAUAAGGAAAAAAGGAGGAGUGAUGAAAAUACAUAUACAUUCUAAUCUUGUAGGGAUGGGGAAAAGGGGAGUAAAUCCAGGAGCUUGGGGAAACCAAAAGCCUGGUCCAGACAAGUGGAACUGCCAACCAGAUAAGCUGCUGACCUGCACUUAAAUAUCCUGCAUUGAUUGAUGGGCACAUCUUACCUACUGUUAACUGAGGCUUGAGUGUGUGGAGAACUACUGGCCCAGUGUUUUUUGUUUUGUUUUGCUUUUGUUUUCCUGGUAUUGCAGAGGACCAGCAUUUUAAGACCCUUCUAUUAAAAGAACAUUAUGUAUUUUCUACAAUGAUAGUGGUCCUAAAUAUUACAGCUCCCUAUAGCACUUCUGGAGUAUUUUGGACUAGCUAAGUAGAAAAUAACCAUCUUUC